CUUUCCCUCCCUGUCUCUUUCUCUCCCACUUAUGCUGUUCGUCCGGAGUCCGAACUACAUCCCAAUUAGAAUUCUGUCAUCCGACCCUCCACUUACCGCCAGUCGCGUUAGCUUUCGGAUCUCACACCCUUUUGGUGAUUCUGCAUCUACUGCAUUGGAGGAAGAAAUCUCAAGCUUGUGACCCUCUCCUAAGACAGAAUCCGGAUUUCAUCCAGUAGUGUUUCAAUUGAGCGACGACGAUCUAUGGGCUCAUGUCUAAUAUGGUACUGAAUACUGAAAUUCAACUCUUAAAAAUUGGCAAUCCAACUGUGCUGCAAGAAUGCUGCCAGCACAGCUACAUCCAUCCCAAGAAGUUGACCGGGACUGGAGGGAAGAUUGGGAGUGCUGCACUGUGGGACUAGCCAUAUCCAUUCUUCACUAAGACGAAAAAACAAUACCACGAGUCAGAUCGCCGUGAGAACUGCCGUAAGCGAGUGCUGGUUGUUGUCAAUACCCCACAAUACUACCGAACAAAUGGCUACUCCCUCCACUUCUGUCAAACUACAUAUGGCGGGGUACAUCCCCCGCCUCAACCCCAAGGGCAAACUUGGGCAGCUUAAAGCUAACCGCCCUCGUCUUUUCUGGCUGUGCGUUGUGUCACUGCUGUCCAUCAUGUUGUUGAUACCUGCUCUCGCUUGCGGGCUGUAUUUUGGCCUUGUACAUUCUCAUCCACAUGGACGGAGCAGUUCUGUACCGUUGACUGUUGACCUGGGUUACUCGAAGUACGAGGGAGCGCGCGCUGAGAAAGGCGUUACGCAGUGGUUUGGGAUUCGGUAUGCUGCUGCUCCAAUUGGGGAUCUGAGAUUUAGAGCUCCGAGGGACCCUCCUGCGAAUGCUACACUUCAAGUAGCAAAUAAGCAUGGAUCUGUAUGCCUCGGUUCACCAUCAACAAGUCUCGAUACGACAAAGUCAGAAGAUUGUCUGUUCCUAGACGUCUAUGCACCGACCGACAACUCCAAACCACAUCCAGUAUAUGUGUACUUCCAAGGAGGCGGCUUCAACUCCAACGGCUCCCCCAACCUGAAUGCCAACAAACUGAUCAAUGCCGGAGACCGUGAUAUCGUCGUCGUUACCUUCAAUUACCGAGUCGGUCCGUAUGGCUUCCUCGCCAGUAAAGAAGUCAAAGCCAAUGGGGAUUUGAACAAUGGCAACCUGGAUCAGAGGAAAGUUCUUCAAUGGGUACAGAAGAACAUCCACCUUUUCGGCGGUGACCCAACACACGUCACCAUCGGUGGCGCCUCAGCAGGCGGCGCCUCCGUCGACCUCCACAUGACCGCCUAUGGUGGAAGAGACGACAAGCUCUUCCACGCCGCCGCAGCAGAAUCUCAAUCCUUCGGGUAUCAACUCACAAUCUCCGAAUCUCAAUACCAAUACGACGCUCUGGUCAAACGUGUAGGCUGCGCCAAAUCACCGGAUACAUUGAAAUGUCUCCGCGCUCUCCCUAUUGAGACCAUCGCGUCUAACAACCCCAACUUACCGUAUCCCAACGGACCGGGCGGGUUGCCCAAUUACAUGUGGAGCAACACUAUCGAUGGGGUGUUCACGACGGACUACACGUAUAACCUGUUUGCUCAGGGGAAAUUCGUGAAAGUGCCAUCAAUAUUCGGGUCAACUACUAACGAAGGGACGGUGUUCACGCCCGCGAAUCUGAGCAGUGUGCAAGAUGUGAAUAAUUUCCUUCAGGACAACUUCCCAAAAUUGACGUCUAGCCAGCUCGCAAAAAUUGAUGUGCUGUAUCCGAAAGCAGAGCAGUAUCCUGGGAAGGGUACGUAUUGGAAGACGGGCGCGAACGCGUAUGGUGAUAUGAGGUAUAUCUGUCCGGGGAUAUACAUUAGUUCUGCGAUUUUAGGGCGAGGAAUGCAGUCCAGUUGGAAUUAUCACUGGGACGUCCUCUCCCCUGCCAACGCCGCUUCCGGCUUGGGCGUCACACACGCCGUAACAACACCCAGUAUCUGGGGAACGUCAACUGCACCAGAUAGUGCUCUGACACCUACCAUCCAGGCAUACUGGACGUCGUUUAUUCGCUCCAAGGAUCCGAAUACGUAUAAACUCUCUGCGUCUCCGAGGUGGGAGACUUUUGGGACGGGUGAUGUGAAGCGCGUGCUUUUUCCGAAUGAUCCGAAGAAGGUGAGGAUGGAGAGCGUGCCUGGAGAUCAGAGGACGAGGUGUGGGUACUUGAGUGGUAUUGGUGGAGAGAUUGGGCAGUAGGGAGUUAUUGGCUUGGUUGUCAUUGCGGUUGUGGCUGUUGAGAGCGUUAAUACCCAAAAUCAUACAUGCGGUGGUGGUGGUACCUGAAUGGUUACAUGUUGCAAGGAUGAUAGGUCGUGAUUCGAUUUGGCCAUGGGGAGUUGGGGCUUGGUCUCCUCGCAAUUUUUGAAAUUCCUGCAUAUUUGCGCAUUGCAUCGAUCCAAUCUCCAUUGGGAGGCUUCAAUUCAGACAAAGGCGUGAGCGAGACACAGCAUGGAAGAAAAACUCCGAGAACAUCAAGCGAUCAUAGUUCUGAACAUAUCCACGAUAUCUUUGUAUGAUACAGUAUAUGUACAGCCUAUUCAGGUUUCCAUUUACAUCCGGAAACGUUUUAGUAUCGAAUUGUCAGGCUUCACCAUCAGCCAGCCCGUUUAGCA